GUGAGAGACAGAGAGAGUGAGAGAGUGAGCUUGUUUGGCGCAGUUCAGCCGGGUACCGACCCGCUCGCACAGGGAGCCAGCGGAGGGUCAGCACUCACAUUACAGAGUUAAACUCUCAGUUUGUUCUGAGGCUUUCUGCUCACGCUGCUCUUUUGUUUUCACAAAGGAAGACGAGCUGAGUUUCUUCCUUCUUCUCUCUCUCUCUCUUUUUUGUUUUAACACGACUUCACUUCUGUUAGUGGGGCAGUUCACCUCGGCCUGUUUUUAGGUUGUUGUGUAUUUUUUGGGGUUGGGGGAGGGGGGGGGCGACCAUGGCUCCACAGAAGCAGAGCUCCUCAGGUGGAAGCCACCCACUGGGUUCUGGUUCUGGUUCUGGAGGAAAAGCCAACGGGUUACACCAGUCCUCCUCUUCCUCCUCCUCCUCUUCCUCCUCCUCCUCCUCCACCGCGAUGUCUGCAGCCAAGAAGCCCAACCUGCAGCUCCUCCAGGCCGACCACGAGUUGUUCCUGCAGGCCUUCGAGAAACCGACUCAGAUCUACAGGUUCCUCCGCACCAGGAACCUGAUCGCUCCCAUCUUCCUGCACAGGACGCUCACCUACAUGUCCCACAGAAACUCCAGGAACAACACCAAGAGGUAAAACACAAAACCUUCAAAAGCCUUCAGAUCAGUUUGUGUCUUUGCUCCUCUCUCUGCGCAGUCGUUUCCCUUGAAAAGCAGGUCGUGUGUCAUCUGGAGUGAAAGUAAACCGCCGUGUGGGCCGGCUGGAUCGGUUAGGAAGAAAAACAACCUCCUAUCACAGGACAGGUUUUUCAGUUGAGCUGCUUUGCAUACAGACGCUGCUCGCUGACGAGGAGGGUUAAACACAGACAGCUCGCUCACGUGGUUGUUAAAGCGCAGCAGGUUCUGAGUUCAGGGGGGAAAAGAUGAUUUUUAGUCAUUAUUAUUACAUUUACACCAAGUCGGUGCAAGUUGAAUGUUUGCAGGUGAUAAUUAGUUUUUCAGUUGUAACCAAACUGUUUGUUGUUUCAUAUUUUUGUCAGUUUUAUGCAGUUUUUUUUUUUGGGGGGGGGAAGUGUUAAAUGUGUUAGAUGUGAUUUUGACAGGAUUGGUCGGAUUAGUUAACAGUGUUUGUUCAAAGCUGAAAAACCUCCUCUGUCCUUUUAUUAGAUGAAAUAGUGAAAUAGGUCUUAAAUGUCCUUCUUA